AUGGGAGACGACAUGGGUCAUGGUAUCGUGCUUCCUGGGAGUAACGAAGCGGCAACAAGGGCGCGAACAGCUCCUUCCGUAAGGUCGACAGCUGACAACACUAGGCUACACGGCAAGCUGUCUUACGAUGAUCUGUCGUCGUCGAGCGAACGAGCACCAGCCGUUACUGAAGGCACGCCCGGGCUGAGAGGCGAUGCUUGCAGGGACGGGCCUGGUGUGCAUAUCCCCAAUGUCACUGGCGAUGGUGGCAUCGACCCUAAAGGUGGAGGCGCCAAGAACGGGGAUGGGAGGCAGGAGCAGCACGCACGACGAGCGUCUGCGGAAAGAGGGGAGACACAAUCAGGGCGGCGGGAGGAAGGGGCAGGGACAGAUCGAGUGAUUCCGUUGCACACAGACGAAGCCAUGGUUGGAGCAGACCCAAUAUCUGAGGCUACCGGAGAUACAACUCCAAACCAUAAAAUCAGCACGAACGCCUUCGCACACACAAAAUCGCCAAUGGAAGCAGAGGAGGUGCAGCGUCUGAGCGAAGCGUACUCCGAGGCAACUCAAGAGUACCUGAACGCUGUGGGAUCAGGCGAGGAAGAUGAAGAAGGAAACCGUAUUCUUCCAGAAAUAGACGACAGGUUUCUCACAGUGGGGCAACGACUCCGGCGCCUGCGUGACGCCAGGGAUAAUCUUCAACGCGAGAAGCACAGGGCGCAUAUGAAGUACAGGUGA